GUUGUAAUAAAUUAGUACAUCAUCCUGUUAACCUAAAACGGUUUUCACUUGUUCUAGUUGAACUACGAACCGUAGUUCAAUUGCUCUGUUCGAUUAGUAGUUCCCACAGCUCACUUAACCUAAUAUAUUUUAUUUGUGUAUUUUUGUGGUGCAAUGGACGAAGAAAUUAAAGGCGACGGCUUACAAGAAAGUAACGGUUUUAUUCACGAAAGUCUCCAGUUAACGCCUCCCACAAUCGUUAAGUUAGAAUCGUUAGAUGAGCAGAUUGAUUUAAAACCAUCGGACAUUUCGAUAGUGAAGGAGGAGCUGCUGCACAUUACCCCCGGCUCUCAGAACGGCGACCCAUCAAAGUGUAUCUUUCUGUCUCCGUGCAAAGGUCCGGAGUCGGUCUCGCAAAGCGUGAAAGCCAGCCAGCACUCGAUUAAAGAGGAGACGGACGACGAAGUGUCGACACCUCCCGAAGUAAAAGUUGAGGUGACGGAAGCAACUGACGAAUCCAAUUAUCUGUGCCGCGUCUGCAACAUGACCUUUCUCAACAAGCGCAUAUAUAGCAUGCACUUUAAUGUCUCCCAUCAAGUGGCACCCCUCGUUACCCUAGUCACUAAGCCGCCGACUCCCCCCACUCCCCAAGCGAGCACUAAGCCGACAAGGCGUAGACGUCAAGAUAGCAUUCUCGCCACAAGAAAACUGAUCGAGUGCGUACGAAACAAUCCCUCACUGUACGACAGCGGUAACGAAAACUACACCAACGAAGAUUUCAAGCAACUGACUUGGGCCACCAUUGCGGCCGAGUGUAAAUUUUCCGACGGUGCGAAGGCGCAGGCCGAGUGGAAGACCCUCUUCACGCGCAUGAUCAACUCGUUGACAAUCACCGGCCAGGGACCGUCGAACCGAACGCAAAAAACGUGGCAAUACAGACGAGAGAUGGAGUUUGUGCUUCCGUUUGUGACCGACGACGAUAUUCACUCGUUGCAACGCCUACAACAGGACGCGACAAGUUCGGAUCGCACGAACGACAUCAACUCGAGCUACAACAUGCGGCAACGCAUCGAGGUUCCGCCACCGACGGCGAAGCGAAAACGGACGAGCACCGCUGAAACAUCAACGAACACUUCUGACGGUCAGCCGCUGGACAUGUUUUUCCUUUCGAUGUGCGCGACGACGAAAAAUUUACCGCCGUACGUUCAGCUCCAAGUUAAGAAGAAAAUCUUCAACGCUGUGAUCGAGGCCGAGGAGAUCGUCGCGGCUAUGCAUAACGAUCAGGCCACGCAAGAAGAUCAGUAUGAGAACAAUCUGUCGCCCUUUUCGGUUCGAUCCAAUGCCGAAGAGGAGUGGCAGGAAGAUUAGUGUUUAGUCUUUUCUUACGUUUAUAAAAUAUGAUAUGGUUUCUAUUGUGCUAAAAAAUUGUUUGAUUAUACGUUCGUCUAUGA